GGAAUUUCAAAGAAGUAAUCUGGCAACUAUGGUGUAGUCUGUACUCUGUAGUCCGUCUGUAUACAUAAUUUUUCUUGAUAAAUCAAACUGUAUUCUGCAGUUUUUUGUCGUUAUUCACGGUUUUACAGUCCGGAAUUAAAUAUCGAGAUAUUUAACGUUUGCAUGGAAGUGAGCAAUGAAAGACAUGACUUCUCCAGCCCAGAAUAACAUAUCCGAUUUAUUGAAAUUAGCAAGAAAAUUUAACUGUUUCUAUUUAUCAGGACUCCAUCAAGGUGUAUGUAAACCCUUUAUAGUUGCUGGUCACCAAGUGGGGCUAGUUCGACCAGACGUAUUGAAACAUUUGCAAAGAUUUCCUGAGGUUUUCAGAGUUGCUGGGAAGUAUGUAGAGUUAAAUCCUGCAUUCAGAAAUUAUAAAGAGAGAACAUUGAAAGUAGCUGAUAUAUUGCAGAAACUUAGAAAAGAAAAUGAGAUAUGUGCUCUCAAAGGUUGGAGAGAUGAGUGUUUUGAAGUGAGCACCCCUUUUUGCCAUGAGAGUCUGUUGGAAAUGGACAGGAGUGCUAUAUGUCUGUUUGGGAUCAGAAACUAUGGCGUCAGUGUUACUGGUUAUUUAAAUCACCCAUCAAAAGGUCUUUGUAUUUGGUUGCAACAGAGAAGCUUUACUAAACAGACUUGGCCAGGUAAAUGGGAUUGUUUUGUAAGUGGAGGCCUGGCUGUUGGUUAUGGUAUCCUUGAAACCACUAUUAAAGAAGCUGCUGAAGAAGCAUCAGUGGAAGGUGAUUUGGUAAAGAAAUUAGUACCAGCUGGCUGUGUCAGUUUCUACUUUGAGAGUGAACGAGGUCUGUUCCCAAAUACAGAAUAUGUUUACGAUCUUGAACUGCCACUAGAUUUUGUGCCUCAAAAUGCGGAUGGAGAAGUGGAGAGUUUUGAACUACUUACUGCUGAAGAAUGUGUACAGAGAGCUCUCUCGCCCCAGUUUAAAACAACCAGUGCCCCAGUCCUUAUAGAUUUUUUGAUUCGUAAAGGAUAUAUAAAUCCUGAAAAUGAGCCAAAUUAUCGUUACCUUGUGGAGCUAUUGCACGUUCCUCUACAAUCGAUUUACAACUGGCCAUUCACUGCCGUGGCAACCGUUAACGGAGAUGGUCAAGAACUACACGAAAUUAAUUAACAGUUUUAUUGUUUUAAUAGUGUUCUAAUUUUCAGGUAUCAAAAGGUAAAUAAGUUUAUUUAUUAUUACUCUGGCUUACACAUAGAUCAUGAACAGUCUCAUUUGUUAAAUCGUUGAAUAUAGAUAUUAAAAAGUAUGAAUUUAUUCAAUAUUAUGGAUAAAUCUAGAAAGAGUUAUACCCAGUGUUAGCUUAUAAAAUGUUUGGUUGUAUUUAUAAAGCAAUAUUUGUUUGUGACGAUUUUACGUAUUCAGGCCUAACACGAUUUACAUUCUGAAUUUAUAGGAGUAAAUAUUCAUGUUAAUAAUGUGUGGAUACUGUUUAUUUAUAUCCACAUCUGAAGUUAUACAUUGACCAAAUUCUGAAGUUUUUAAUGAUCGUAUGUAAUUCAAGAUGUCAUAGUUUAGCUAGGUAUGGUUAAUUUCUGUGAUACUUUACCGGUUUGGUAUAAGACAUUAUAAUAUGUUAAUCAGUUAGAGUUUGUCUUAUAUAUAGAUCAUACUUAAUUUGUAACCUUAUUGGCAGUUGCAUUCUGGCUUAAAUAAGAUAAAAUAUGUCAGAAAUUUAUUUAUGUAUUUAUUUGAAUGAUUUAUUAUAUUGGACUUGUUGAAUUCAAAAAAUGUUUGUGAAAAGUAUUGUUUUAAAGAUAUAAUAUUAUGUGACCAUACAUUAAUGUAUAUUUUAGUUACUAGGUGCUAUUUGCUAACGCAGUCUUAAUAGUGAGUGAAUGUGUAGUUUAGUGAAUAUGUACCGUUCGAUAUUAUUCAACUUAACGCCUAGUCAGAUGAAGAAUGUGACUUAUGUCAGUUUGGUGUAAGGGCAAUAUCCGGUUUUUAGAUCCAAGAUUUGUACAACGCAUUGGUUUUGACUUAUAUGUGUAUAUUGAAUUUAAUAUUGGAAUGUAAUUAGGUUUUAACAGUUUAUGAGCAUUAAGGAUCAAGAUAAACAUUUGAUUUUGCUCGGGCUUUCAUAUGACAGUUUUUCUCUUAGGUUGCGUGUUUCUGUAUUAUGAGCAAAGCAUACAAUUAGAUUAGAAAAAAAUUGUGGUUACGCAGUAAAUUAAAUUUUAACAGCUGAAACUUACAUGUUUUAGUUUACUUAACGGCAAUGGAGGCACAAAUAGCCAUUAUUUUGUGAAGUAGUUAUUUAUUAAUGAAUGUAUUAACGCUAAAAUGAAAUUUGCCUAGGGUAUACACUCUAGACAAAUUAAGUUAUACAAAAUGGCUGGAGUAGCUGUGGUCGUCGACUUCUAUUAUUAUCUUUUAACUUUCUGUAUAUACUGGUAGCAACAAGUAAUUUAUAGCAAUUAAUAAUAAUAAAAAUACUGAUAUUCGGUAAAUAGUAGUAAUGAUUCUGUAUUUAUACUGACAACGCAGUUUUUUACAUUUUUAUGGACCUGUUAUUGGCGAAAAGUUUUGUAUCUUUAUUACGUAAUACAAUAAAAUAAUGGAUGUAAUCGUUUAUAUUUGCGAUAGUGAUAAAAUAGCUAUUUCCAAAAAAAAAAAAUAAUAAAUUUUACUACUGGA